AUGUCAACGUCUAAACCCGUCGAAUGGGUUUCAGCGUUGAUUGAACGAUUUGAAGAUCAAUUACCAAUCAAAUGUGGAGAAUUAACAAAUCAAAUGCGUCUUAAUUUAGAACAAAAUAAAGAAUGUUUAGUUGCAUUAAGUCGUUUUAAAUUUUCACUUGUUAUUAAUGGACUUACAGAUAUAUUAAAAACCAUUGAUAGUACUAGAUUUGGUGGUUUUGAUCAAGAAAAAAAUAUUUAUGAAUCAUAUUUAAUUGUACUUGAUGCUGUUGAACAAUGUUUAGCAAAUACAAAAGAUUUAAGUACAAGUCGUUUGGAUGAAGCGAUUUAUGUUAAUAAAUUAUUACCAGUAGUUUGUAAACUAUUAAAUGUUCCCGGUGAUGGUAUAACAGUUCAACAUGUUCGACAACUUGCUUCGAAUGUUUUAUUUGCCUUAAGUGUCAAUAAUUUUGGUACACUUUUUAGUAAAGUUGUAUCUAGACUUGAAUGUUUAAUUGCAUCGGGUGAUGAAACCUGUGAAGCCGGUGAUCUUGAUCUUAUUCAACAUAUGAAUGUUGAUAUGCUUAAAUUAACAAGACUUUUAAAUGAAGAAGUACAAAAAUGGCGAUUACUUAAAAAAAUUCAUCAUACAGAACUUGUUAAAAGUGUUGAAAAAGCUAUAUGGAAUUGGUUAGAUACAUAUCCCGAAGAAUUUACUGAUUUACAGAAAAGACCAAAUGCUGAAUUAAGUGAUAAUUGUGAAAAAUUAUUUGAAUUACUUGAUUCAUUUGGUGAAGCAAAUCGUCGUAAAGUUCAAUAUGUUUGGCCAUUACAAAUGAUGUUAUUAGUUUUAUGUCCAAUAAUACUUGAAGAAUUAGUUUAUGCAUUAGAAAAAGGUGGUCCUUGUUCAGCUGAACAUUUACGUAAACGAAAUUUUGUUGAUGCAUUAAAACGUCAAUUACAUGCGCAAGUGUUAGGUAAACAACAUUCAGCUGGUGGUACGGAAUCAGCUGCUGUUGUUACAUUUGUUAAAUUAUGUAAAUCAGCAACAUAUAUUAAUAAUAAAGAUUCAAAUAAUGUUUUAUUUGUUAUGGUACAAUCAGUUAUUGGUGAUUUAAAAUUAAUAUUAUUUAAUCCAUCAAAACCAUUUUCACGUGGUCAAGAUAAAAUUAAUGUUGAUUUAGAAUUAAUGAUCGAAUUCUUUCUUGCAUGUCUUCGAUUAAAUCCACAUAAUAAUGAAGUUUUAAGAGUUUGUUUAAAUUUAUCAUCACCAGCUAUGUUUCAUUAUGUUCUUGUUAAAGCACUUUAUCGUAUAAUAACACAAAAACGUUUAGCAUGGUGGCCACAAAUCGAUAUUGUUUAUUCUCGUGCAGGUGAAUUGAGAAAUAUGUUUACAGAUACAUUAAAUAAAGUUUCUCAAUCAUCAACAUUUUCAACAACACCAUUAAGAAUAUCCGGUAUAACAGGUGUUAGUACAUUAAAAGAUAUUUUAUUUAAUCCACAACAAUUACGUUCACAAUAUUCUCAAGCAUUUAAAUCGAAAACAUCCGAUCGUUUAGCUUAUGAUGAAGGACCAAAUAAUCGUGAAUUACUUUUAUGGAUUGUACGUUUAAUCAUUGUUGAUCCAUAUUUAAUGUUACAUAAUCCAAAUAAACUUGAUCAUGAAACACAAAUGUCAACAUUUGAAUUAAUUAAUGGUCUUGUAUCACUUGUUCAUGAUACAUCAAUGAUGCCUGAUGUUGCACACGCAGCAAUGGAAUCUUUAUUAGUUUUACAUGAAACACGAAAUAUUGAAUUAUGGAAUCCUGAAGCAUCUAUAAAUACAUUUUGGUCAAUAUCAAGUCAAGUACUUUUUUCAAUUUCACAAAAAUUAGUUUUACAUCAAAUCUAUGAAUAUACAUCUGUAUUACGAUGGUUAAGAGAAAUUCUUGUUUUACGUAAUGCAUUUCUUUUACAUCAUAAAGAUAAUGCUUAUCUUGGUUCAAAUAUUCCAAUGGCAAAACAUGCUCAUACAAAACUUGAAAUUGUUUUUUUUAUUUACUUAUGGUCAAUUGAUCCUGAAGCUGUUAAAAUUGCCAUGUCAUGUUUUGCUUUAUUUGCAUAUGAAGCUGAUAUUCGUUUUGGUUUUGAUGAAACAGCUGUAUUAACACUUUUACCUAAUUAUAAUAUUUACAUGGAAUUAUCAGCCGCAUCAACAACAUUAGUUACAACAGGACGAAAUGCUUUACAAAAGAAAAUUCUUUCAUUAUUAAGACGUAUUGAAUAUGCAACACCAGGAAAUAAACAAGCUUGGUAUGAUACAUUUGUUAGUCAACAACAUUUGGCGAAAUUUUUAGCUGUUUAUCCAAAACGUGUUGAUGAUUUGGGUAGUGGAGGAUCAACAGCUGGUUCACCAUCAGUUAGUGGAAGUGAAACAAGUAGUUUAGCAGGUGGUGGUUAUACGAAAUUUGGUAAAAGACGAGCUGGUGUUCAUUCAAGUGAACAUGAAAUUGAAGAUGUUUUUCAUGAAUGGGCUAAUAUGACAGGAUUUUUAUGUGCACUUGGAAGUGUAUGGUUACCAGUGAAAAAUCGACCAGGUCCACAUGGAAUUCCAGUUGAUACUCGACGUACAUCAAUGGAACCUGUUAGUUCCGAUCUGUGUUACUGUCCAGUUACACAAUUUAUUGGUGAUUGUUUAAAAUAUUUGGUUUGUCAAAAUGAAAAAUUUGGUAUACAAAUUCAACGUCAUAUACAAGAUUUAUUAGGUCAUGAACUUAAUCCAUUAUGUUAUCCAAUAUUAUUUGAUCAAAUUAAAAUUCAAGUUGAUAAAUUUUUCGAUGCUAAUGGUCAAGUUAUAUGUUCAGAGCAAAAUACACAAUUUGCAGAUAAUGUUAUUGUUAUAAUGCGUUCGGUAUUUGAAAUGAAAGCUCAACAAGCAGCACAAAAUUCUUUAGAAGGACCAUCAACAACAAAUGGUUCAUCAAAUACAUUAGGUGUACCAACUAAUAAUGCAGGCUCAACACCAUCAGGUGUUGGUGGUUCAUCAAAUGAUCCAACUUCAAAUUCAACAAGUUCAGGUGGACGUGGUGGACCACAACAAACAAGUGAAAAUCCAUUGGCAAAUGUUAGUAGUUUAGAACAACUUGUUUUAAAUAUUGUUCGUUAUGCACGACAUUUGGAUACAAGUGUUGGUGCUGUUGCUAUUCGUAUACGUGUUUGUCAAUUAGUUGAAUCGAUGAUGAAAAGACGUGAUGAUUUAUCAUUUCGACAAGAAAUUAAAUUUCGAAAUAAACUUGUCGAAUAUUUAACUGAUUGGAUUAUGGGAAAUUCACAUCAAUUUAAUCAAGUCCAUGCAUUAGGUCAAUCAGCAGCUGGUGUUGGUGUUGGGAAUAGUGUUAAUGUAACAACAUCUCAAUUGGUUGUUGAUCAAUAUCAACAUUUAACACGUGAAUUAGAUCAAGCAUCAAUGGAAGCUGUUGCUUCAUUACUUCAUUCACUUCCAUUACAACCUGAAGAAAGUGAUCGAGGAGAUUUAAUGGAAGCUAAAUCACAAUUAUUUUUAAAAUAUUUUACUUUAUUUAUGAAUUUAUUAAAUGAUUGUGGUGAUGAUUUAAAUGAUGAUCAAAAUUCAUUACCUGAUCAUCAUCAAACAAAUAAUGAAAGAACAACAUCAAAUAUUACAAGUCAAACACAACAACAGCAACAACAACAACAACAAUCACAAAUGAUUAAUCAAUUACAACAAAAACAACAAUCAUUAAGAAAUUCAACGAUUGUUGCGAUGUCAAAUUUACUUGCUGCAAAUAUUGAAAGUGGUCUUAUGAGAAGUAUUGCAUUGGGUUAUCAUCGUGAUCCACAAACACGAGCAGCUUUCAUGGAAGUUUUAACACAAAUUCUUCAACAAGGAACUGAAUUUGAUACACUUGCUGAAACUGUUCUUGCAGAUCGAUUUGAACGAUUAGUUGAACUUGUUACAAUGAUUGGAGAUAAAGGAGAAUUACCAAUUGCAAUGGCAUUAGCAAAUGUUGUUUCACCACAAUAUAUGGAUGAAUUAGCUCGUGUAUUUGUAACAAUAUUUGAUGCGAAACAUUUACUUCAUCAAUUAUUAUUAAAUAUGUUUGCUAAAGAAGUUGAAAUGGCUGAUUGUUAUCAAACAAUAUUACGUGGAAAUGGUUUACCAACAAAAAUUAUGUCAUUUUGUUUUAAACUUUAUGGUUCACAUUAUUUAUAUAAUUUAUUUGCACCAAUAUUAGCAAAAAUGUUUAUUGCUGAUUUACGUUCAUAUGAAGUUGAUCCAUCACGUAUUGAACAACAUGAACAAUUAGAUGAUAAUAGAAAAAAUUUACGUUUAUUAACACAAGAUGUUUUUCAAGCUAUUAUUGAUUCAUCAUCACAAUUUCCACUUCAAUUAAGAAUUUUAUGUUCAUGUUUAUAUCAAGUUGUACAACAACGUUUUCCUCAACAUCCUUUACAAGCUGUAUCAACUGUAAUAUUUCUUCGAUUUUUAAAUCCUGCACUUGUUCUACCACAUGAAUUUGGUAUUGUUGAUGCUGAACCAUUACCACGUAUAAAACGUGGUUUAACACUUGUAUCAAAAAUUCUUCAAAAUAUUGCAAAUAAUUUAAUAUUUACAAAAGAAUUUCAUAUGCGUUCAUUUAAUGAUUAUCUUCGUUCAACAUUUGAUUCAGCAACAAAUUUUGUUUUAUCAAUAAGUGAACCAAUUAAUUUAAAUACACUUAUGCCAUCGGAUGAACAACAACCAAUUGAUAAUAAUAUUCAAGAAUCAACAAUACUUUCACCAACAUAUCCAAUGUCAUAUAUCAGUGAUGCAAAUGUUUUAGCAUUACAUCGACUUCUUUGGUAUCAUCAAGAAAAAAUUGGUGAUUAUUUAUCAAGUGGACGUGAUCAUAAAGCGAUUGGAAGACGACCAUUUGAUAAAAUGGCAACAUUAUUAGCAUAUUUAGGUCCACCAGAUCAUCGACCAUUAGAUUCACAAUGGAUUUCAUAUGAUAUGACAGCAACAAAAUUUGAAGAACUUAUGGCUAAAACACAAAUGCAUGAAAGAGAAGAAUUUAAAUCAUUAAAAGCUCUGAAUAUUUUUUAUCAAGCUGGUUUUAGUAAACAAAAUAAUACACCUGUAUUUUAUUAUAUUGCACGUCGUUUUAAAGUGAAUGAAAUGAAUUGUGAUUUAUUAAUUUAUCAUGUUUUAUUAACAUUGAAACCAUUUCAAGCCAAACCAUUUGAAUUAGUUGUUGAUUUUACUCAUACAUGUACAGAUAAUCGUUUUAAAACAGAUUAUUUAUCAAAAUGGUUUAUUUGUAUGCCAGAUUGUUUUUAUUAUAAUCUUCAAGCAUGUUAUAUUUAUAAUUGUAAUUCAUGGGUACGAGAAUAUACCAAAUAUCAUGAUAGAAUCUUAUCAACAAUAAAAGGUUCAAGAAAAUUAAUAUUUCUUGAACAUAUAUCACGUUUAAAUGAUUAUAUUGAAUUUGAUCAACAAAAAUUACCUGGACAUACAUUAUCAUUAGAAGAAGAUCUUCGUGUAUUUAAUAAUGCAUUAAAAUUAUCACAUAAAGAUACAAAAGUGGCAAUUAAAGUUGGUCCACAAGCUAUACAAGUAACAUCAAGUGAAAAAACUAAAGUUCUUGGUCAUAGUGUUUUACUUAAUGAUGUUUAUUAUGCAUCGGAAAUUGAAGAAGUUUGUCUUGUUGAUGAUAAUCAGUUUACAUUAACAAUAGCCAAUGAAACUGGUCCACUUUCAUUUAUUCAUAAUGAUUGUGAUAAUAUUGUUCAAGCUAUUAUUCAUAUUCGUACACGUUGGGAACUUGCUCAACCUGAUUCAAUUCAAAUUCAUAAUAAAAUUCGUCCAAAAGAUGUUCCUGGAACAUUAUUAAACAUUGCAUUAUUAAAUUUAGGUUCACUUGAUCCAUCAUUACGUUCAGCAGCUUAUAAUCUUUUAUGUGCAUUAACACAAACAUUUGAUUUACGUAUUGAAGGUCAAUUACUUGAAUCAUCCGGUCUUUGUAUCCCAUCAAAUAAUACAAUAUUUAUAAAAACAAUAUCCGAAAAAUUAGCAUUAAAAGAAGCACAUUUAACAUUAGAAUUUUUAGAAGAAUGUAUUGAAGGUUUUAGAAAUUCAACAAUUGAAUUAAAACAUCUUUGUUUGGAAUAUAUGACAAAAUGGUUACCGAAUUUAACAAGAUUUUGUAAACAAAAUGAUGAUAAUAAACGAAUGAAAGUCUCCAUGAUUCUUGAUAAAUUAAUAACAUUAACAAUUGAAGAAGAUGAUAUGUAUCCAUCAAUACAAGCGAAAAUAUGGUCAAAUGUUGGACAAGUUAGUGAUCUAUUAGAUAUUGUUUUAGAUUGUUUUAUUAAACGAUCUGUACUUGGCGGUUUGGGAUCAUUACAAGCUGAAAUUUUAGCUGAUACAGCUGUUGCAUUAGCUAGUUCAAAUGCAUUAUUAUUUUCACGCAAAGUUAUUGGACGUCUUUGUCGUUUAAUUGAAAAAACAUGUUUAUCACCAACACCAACAUUAGAACAACAUUUAAUUUGGGAUGAUAUUGCUAUUCUAUUAAGAUAUUUAUUAAUGCUUUCAUUUAAUAAUUCACUUGAUGUUGCGUCACAUUUACCAUUUUUAUUUCAUAUUGUUACAUUACUUGUUAGUACAGGUCCAUUAACAUUACGUGCAUCAACACAUGGUCUUGUUAUAAAUAUUUUACAUUCAUUAUGUACAUGUUCACAACCACAAUUUAGUGAUGAGACACAACGUGUACUUCGUUUAUCGUUGGCGGAAUUUUCUUUACCAAAAUUUUAUGCUUUAUUUGGUUUAUCAAAAGUUAAAUCAGCAAGUGUAAUUGCAUUUCGUACAGGUAUUAUAAGACAACAACAACAACAACAGCAUCAUUCAAAUCAAUUAUUAUCAUCAUCAGAUAAACAACAAAAUCAAAUGUCAUUAGAACGUUCAAUGACAAUAUCAAAUGCAUAUUCACCAACAAUUGAACAACAGGAAAGAAUGAGUUUAAUAUCACUUGAAACAAUAACAGAUACUUUAUUAGAAUUAAUGGAAGCUUGUAUGAAUGAUAUACCUGGUUGUGAAUGGUUAGCACAAUGGCAAGAAUUAGCUAAACGUUUUGCUUUUCAAUUCAAUCCGGCUUUACAACCAAGAGCUAUUAUUGUCUAUGGUUGUAUAUCAAAAACAACGAGUGAUGGUGAAAUCAAAGCAUUAUUACGUAUACUUGUUAAAGCACUUGAAUCAUUUUCUGAUAUUGAUUUAAUUGAUUCAAUAAUAAUGUGUUUAACACGUUUAUUACCAUUAUUAUCGCCGGAAUCAAAAAUACAUAAAUUUAUGUUUUGGAUUGCAUUAUCAAUUCUUCAAUUAGAAGAAACACAAUUAUAUGCAUCUGGUUUAGCUUUAUUAGAACAAAAUCUUCAUACACUUGAUCAUAUGUUAAGUUUAUUUGAAAAUACAAGUACACAUCAACAACAAACAUUAGAAAGAAUUAUGAUGGAUGCACGUGAACCAUUAGAAUGGCAAUUUAAACAAUUAGAUGCUAGUAUGGGUUUAUCAUUUAAAUCAAAUUUUAAUUUUGCACUUGUUGGACAUCUUAUCAAAGGAUUUCGUCAUCCAGUUCAAUCGACUGUUGUACGAACAACACGUGUUCUUUCAACUCUUCUUAGUAUUGUUGCUAAAUCUGAAUCUCAUGAUAAAUUUAAAGUAACAUCUACAUCAAUACCAUAUUUAGCUGCAUUAGUUAGUGUUGUUGAAGAAGUUCGUAGUCGAUGUCCAGUUAAAAAUCGACCGGUUAUUGUACCAUCAACAACAAAUUCAAAUUCAAAUUCAACAAAUAUUUCACCAUUAAAUUAUCCAUCAACAUCAUCAAUUCAUCCAUCAUCACAAAUACCACAAUCACAUUCAAGUACAUCAAUUGCUGAUUUUAAUGUUAUUAAUACAAAUACUUCAUCAAAUUCAUCAGCAUCUGUUUUAACAAAUCCAUCAACGAAUUCAUUAUUACUUACUGUUCAUCAAGGUAUAUUUCCUCGUCGUCAAAAAUCAUGGGAUGCAUCCUAUGCUGAUAAGACACGUAAAGUUGGAGGAUUAUUAACUGCUAGUGGUACUCGAUUAUUAUCAGUACCAUCACAUGCACGUCAUUGGCAUUCAUUUGAUAUUGAACAUGCUGUACCACGGAUACUUACAAAACCAGCAUCAACACUUGUUCAAUUACAACAAGUUAAACAAGUUGUACCAACAAUUGCUGUUACACAACAAACAGCACCUGAAACUCAACAAACAUCACAAACAACUAGUGAAACAAAUCUAUUAUUAGAUCCUGAUGUUAUAACAGAUACAUCAACCCAAGCAUUAUUAUUAACAGUAUUAGCAACACUUGUACGUAAUACAUCUGAUGAAAAUGAAAUGAGAAUUAUUUAUGAAUAUUUAUCGGAAUCAAGUAUUGUUUUUCCAAAAGUAUUUCCAGUUAUACAUAAUUUAUUAGAUGCAAAAAUCAAUUCUGUACUUUCAUUAUCACAUGAUGAAUCAAUUUUAGCAUCAGUACAAUCAAUAAUCUAUCAAAUGAUUGCUUGUUCAGCUGGUGAUGAUGCUAGUCAACAACAACAACAACUUAGUUAUUUACAAUCAUGUGGUUUUGGAGGUUUAUGGCGUUUUGCUGGACCAUUUACUGUUUCAAGACAAAAUCCAGAUAAUGUCGAAUUAUUUGUUAAUUGUUUAGAAGCUAUGGUUGAAACAUGUUUACCAUCAUUAGAUGAACAUGAAGAUGGAUCUGAAAGUGGUAUUAAUACUGGAAAUGGUUUAUCAGGAAACAGUGGAACACGACAUACAUCUUUACAUCAUCAUCAUACAUUUAGACAUCAUCAUCAUUAUUCAGCAUCAUCAGCAGCUGCUUGUCUUAAUGCGAAUUUAUCUUCGUCAAUGUCGAGUGUUUCAAUGGAUUCAAUUCGUUCACCAACUGAUCGUGAUGCUCAAUUUUUUGAUUUAAAUGAUCUUAAUCGACCAACACAAUCUCAAUCGCAAAGUAAUACGUAUAGUCGAUCUCGUAUAAUACAAAAACCAAAUCUUAUUUAA